CCGGUCGGGGCGGCGAGGUGGCUGUAGAGGCGCUCGGGACGCCGCCGGGGCCGCGUGUGUAGCGGCGGGGGCGUGGCGGCGGGAACUUGGCCGGCGCUCGUGGUCUCCCGGCGGCGCCCGCCUGGGAGCCGGGCAGUCUGAGCGCGCGAGUGGGAGCGAAGCGGCGGGCGGGAGCCGACCCGGCCGGCGAUCCCGGCUCGUGGCCGAAGGAUUCAUCCCCCCCAGGCCUUGAGGUUAAAGCCGCGGUCGGUGCUUUGGCGUGGAGACUGUUUUGGCUUCCUCUGCGGGGCAGUGCGGGGGCGUUCGGGGAGACGCGGUGCCCCCAGCACGGCUCCCGCGACCCUUUUCUCCUCCCUAGCGUCCGUCCCGCGCCGGCCUGCCCCGUCGCCUGUACGCGACCCUCGGAGAUCUCUUCCCCACGAGGCCAUGGCUGCCUCGACGCCUGUGCCUCCCGGGGCCCCCUCCCCCGCCUGCAACCCCGCCCCGCGGACGAUCCAGAUCGAGUUCCCCCAGCACAGCUCCUUGCUGCUGGAAGCCCUGAACCGCCACCGGCUGGAGGGGAAGUUCUGUGACGUGUCCCUCCUGGUUCAGGGCCGCGAGCUUCGGGCACACAAAGCAGUGCUGGCGGCUGCCUCUCCUUACUUCCAUGACAAGCUGCUUCUGGGGGAUGCGCCACGGCUCACUCUGCCCAGUGUCAUUGAAGCCGAUGCCUUCGAGGGGCUGCUGCAGCUCAUUUAUUCAGGGCGCCUCCGUCUGCCACUGGAUGCCCUCCCAGCCCAUCUGCUUGUGGCCAGUGGCCUCCAGAUGUGGCAGGUAGUAGAUCAGUGCUCAGAAAUUCUUAAAGAACUAGAGAACUCAGGUGGUGGACUUUCAGCCCGGGCAGCCACCCCUUUCCACGCACUUCUUUCCACCACAGCCUCUCCAGGAGGCUGGUGCAUUCGCUCUUCCUCUUUCCAGACCCCAGCGCAGGCUUCCGCUUCUACCGAGAGCCCCGUCGUAGGGGACGGCAGUGAACUGGGAGAGGUGUUGCAGAUUCAAGUGGAGGAAGAGGAGGAGGAGGAAGAAGAGGAGGAAGAGGAGGGCCAGAGGUCGGCAGCAUCCUCUCAGACUCAGCAGCCUCCAAGAGCAUCAGGGAGCUUUCCCCGCCCUCCUGGAUCCCACCCGCUGCCCACAUCCAGUACUCCACGCAGGCUUCCAGAGGGCGACAGCGCUCUGCUGGAGCCUCCUGCCCCUCACACUGCGCUGCCCCCCAAGAUAUUCUACAUUAAGCAGGAACCCUUUGAGCCCAAGGAGGAGAUAGUAGGAGGCGGAACGCAAUCUGGAGGAUCGAAGGAAGAGACCGGAGUGCUUCCUGCAGGGGACGUGGAAGGGAACGGGGAGCUGGGCUUCUUGCUGCCCUCAGGCGCAGGGUCAACAUCUGGAGGAGGAGGUCCAUCCUGGAAGCCGGUGGAUCUUCAUGGGAAUGAAAUCCUGUCGGGGGGCGCAGGCCCUGGGGGAGCAGGGCAGGCUGUGCAUGGGCCUGUGAAGCUGGGGGGGGCACCCCCUGCAGAUGGAAAGCGCUUUGGCUGUUUGUGUGGGAAGCGGUUUGCCGUGAAGCCGAAGCGUGACCGGCACAUCAUGCUGACCUUCAGCCUUCGGCCCUUUGGCUGUGGCGUCUGCAACAAGCGCUUCAAGCUGAAGCACCAUCUGACGGAGCACAUGAAGACCCACGCAGGAGCCUUGCACGCCUGUCCCCACUGCGGCCGUCGGUUCCGAGUGCAUGCCUGUUUCCUUCGCCACCGAGACCUGUGCAAGGGCCAGGGCUGGGCCACUGCUCACUGGACGUACAAGUGACUGCUGAGGCUGUGUGCUGACUCCCAGGACAAGGGAGCCCCUGCUGCUGAUGGAGCCCCUGCUUAUCCUCACUACCCUGGCACCCCAGUCUGGGGUCUCAUUAAUCAUGCCCAAAGGGUAGAUAAUUAAUGAGCCCCAUGGUCUUGGGUGUGGGCGUCAACCUGGCAGAUUUGGAAGUUCCAGUUCCUUCUCUCAGCCCGGGUUCUUGCUGACUAUCCUACAGGAAAACGGCUUAUAGCCAUUCGUAAAUUGAUCACUUGUCCAUGCUAUAGUUUCAUGCAGGAAAUCGUAUUUCAAAGUAGUUGAUCUAAUGAGAGAAGAGUUAGAGCAGAAAACCGUAAUGGUAAAUGUUUCAUUCACGCUCUUUUGAGUUAAAGGAGCUGGUCUCCAUCCAGAGAUACAUUUGAUUCAGAGUCCUGGUAAUUCAGAGACUAAGUGCUAAGCUCUCCUCCCUCAUCAUUGCGGCAAUUAUGUGAGUAGAGUUCUUUUGAUAUCCUCCUUUUGUCGUAUCUUUCCAUGAGCUCUUUAGAUCCUCAAUUGUGUUCUCACCAGUAGGAACUUUUCCAACACCUGUCUCUGUACGUUGUAGUUGAGCACUUUAACCAGUCGAGCAUUUUGCGGGUCACUUAGAACAGUCUUUAGCGGAGGGCACUCCCUCUACAGUCUGUGCCUCUUCUCUGCCUUUGACCACCCUGAUCACUCAGGUGAUCACGGUGACUGGAAUGUGAUCAGGGGACUCAGGAGGUGGCCCCUGACCAUCUCAGGGGUUGCACCACUGCUCUGAACAAGUGGUCACGGUCAGAGGGACUCAGGGCUGAGAUGGCGCAUGCUGAAAACUAGAGAAUAAUUGCACAGCGGGACCAUAGCCCCUCUCCUUCCGUCCCACCCACACGCGACAGCCCUUGGUGGACAGGUAGAAGGGUAGAUAUUGGAGUGGGGAGAUUGGUGUAGGUGUCUUAAUUUCUUCAAAUAAACUUUGCCCUGAAAUCAAA